UUCUCCCUACCUCUCCUAGGGAAACCCGUCAGCCUGAGCUACAGAUGUCCAUGCCGAUUCUUUGAAAGCCAUGUUGCCAGAGCCAACGUCAAGCAUCUCAAAAUCCUCAAUACUCCAAACUGUGCCCUUCAGAUUGUGGCGAGGCUGAAGAACAACAACAGACAAGUGUGCAUCGACCCCAAAUUAAAGUGGAUUCAGGAAUACCUGGAGAAAGCUUUAAACAAGUAAGCACAACCACCAAAAAGGACUUUGCGCUAGAUGCGCUUGAGGAAAGCUAAGCCGUGUGAGAGAUGAAAGGGCAAAGGGGGGUGGGGGCUGAAACAGGAGGUCCGGGGCGUGUGGGGGGUGCAUUGAUCUGGGAUCGGGCCUGAGGUCUGCCAGCAUAUAGACACUGCGUUUAUAGUGUGUAGUACGGUACUGCAGCUGUGUUCACCCACGUCCCACACCCUUGCACAUUGGAGCUUUUAUAACUGGGGUUUUUCUAAGAAAUUGUAUAAUCCCAAUAGCAUUUCUCACCCGUCAGUUCCUUCCUGAUCAUCACAAUCAUCAUCCUCCUCAUUAUCAUUUUUUUAAAAUCAAUGAUUACUUCGAGAUCUGUAUUUGGUUUGUUUGGGAGCUUCUCCUCUUAUUUCCAUGGGGAGUCUGGGCACAGUCAGGCAGGGGCUUAGCAGGGGACUGGGAAAACUGUCCUUCCUCCAGAGGCUGAGGCUCCUGCCGGAGGACACCCCUCUGAGGGUGACAGAGAGAGCUUGUGCAGCUCUCACAUACUGACCAGUGCUCGGCUGUAGCCACCGGCCCCUGCCUUCAUCUCCUCAUUCGAGUUCAGUGAUUGGCUCAGUGGGCUCCAUGAAGAAGCUGCUGUCCCUGGAGACUGUGCUCAGAGUCCCUCUCCCAGCCAUGCCCACCCUCUCCCUGCUUCUAAGAGCAUGCUUCAUCCGGCUUCUGCUUCUCAUUUCUGUAGCCUGAUUAAUGCUGCACCAGUGGGGGGAGGGUGAUCACUGGGGCUCCAGCCCCACAUCCCUCUCCUCCCUUCUCCUGCCCUAACUCGGGCCCUCUGUGAGAUCUGUCUUGGGCCUCCUCCACAAUGGAACUGGCCUUCUUCUGGGGACGUGAGAUCAUGCCCCAGCUUUCCCACAAAAGACAAGUCUUUGCAGAAUCAAAUGCAAUUUUAAAUCUGCGGACUUGCUUUGAGAAAUUUGGUUUCUGUGACUGCCUCUGAAGCUGAUGUAUGCCAUGGAGGCUCUGCAGACUCUGAGGUUUCUGAAAUCAGAAGUGAACAAUAAAUGAAUAAGCCAGCAUCUUGCCACUCGCCCUUCCUGAAGCCACAGCAGGGUUUCAGGUUCCAAUCAGAAUUGGGGCAAGAUGAAGUUUCCAUGCAUAAAUGUGAUCCACAGAUGGUCCUGGUGGUAUUUGUAACUUUUUGCAAGGCAUUUUAUAUAUAUAUAUACAUAUAUAUAUAUUUUUGUGCACAUUUUUUUUUUACGUUUCUCUUUAGAAGACGAAUGUAUUUCAGAAUAUAUUUAUAGUCAAACAAUUCAUAUAUUUGAAGUGGAGCCAUAUAAAUGUCAGUAGUUUGCAUUUCUCUAUUAUCUUAAACUGCUGGCAAUUUGUAAAGAAAUAUAUAUGAUAUAUAAAUGUGAUUGCAGCUUUUCGAUGUUAGCCACAGUGUAUUUUUUUCACUUGUACUCAAAUUGUAUCAAAUGUGACAUUAUCUGCACUAGCAAUAAAAAGCUAAUUGUUCCAUGGUAUAAA